GUUCACACAUAAGUAUAAAAGAUUAUUCUACCAGUCGACAAAAAUAAACCAAAUACCCAACAGAACAUAAAUUAAACCAUCACCCACCCCACCAUUGGCCAUCCCCACUGUCCAUUGUCCUCAUUUUCCUUUUCCCAUCUGUGAAUAUACGCUCUUCUCUCUUCAAGAGAGGUUUAACGACAAUGUUUGAAGAGUCUGCAUCUGUAAUACCUUCAAUAUGGGAAUCCAUGAAUAGCUGGUUCACUCCCACUGUUUUCUUUGUUCUCCUCAAUCUUGUGAUAGGCACUAUUGCUUUCACCUCAACAUUAGCAAACCAAAAAGAGUCCCAAAAUGACCCUCAACAGCAAAAUAUCGCCAGAUCCCCCUCUGUUCUUCAGCGCCUGAAAUCUAUCAAUUUCUCCAGAUCUCAAGAUGCCCACCAGAAAGAAGUUACAGAUUCAGACACCCUUCUCAAUCCUGAGAGCUCCCAUGAAGCUCUAAAUUUUGAAGAACAUUCCCGGUAUUUCUUUCAGCCGUCUCAUCAAGAAAGUUUCCAAGAAAAUCUUGAGACUACACAGGCGCAGACCCAUUACGUUUUUCAACAAGAUUUUCACGAAACCCAAGAUCGUUUGAUUUUUGAAGGAGAAAAAAUGACCCCUUUGGAAUUUCAAGAGGUCCAUGAACAGAAAGCUGAGAAAAAUGAGUUUCAGAGCAUGGCUGAGGUUUACAGUGAAGUUACUGGCAGUCAUUUUAUUCGGACUACGUCAGAUACUGAACCGGCGUCCGGUGAGAUUCCAGAGAAGCUUCCUGCGAGGAUGAUUAAGUCGGCGAGCUUUAAAUCAGGUGUUGGGCACUUCGAGGAGGACAUUGUUGAGGCGCGACGCCCGGCGACGGCGAGAGAGAAUGGAAAUAGUAAGCUUCCAGAGGACCAUGAAGUGGAUGCGAAAGCUGAUGUUUUCAUCAACAAAUUCAAGCACCAGUUGAAGCUUCAGAGGUUGGAUUCCGCGAAUCAGGUAUAAAGAUAUGAUUGGUAGAGGGACUGAAAAGUAAGAUUAUUUCAGUUCUUGGGGUUGUUUUUUAAAUUUUUGGAUUAUCAGGUACCAAGAUGUGAUUGGUAGGGGGACUAAAGGGUAAGAUUAUCUUAGUUCGUGGGGUUUUUUUUUUAAAUUUUUGGAUUAUCAGGUACCAAGAUGUGAUUGGUAGGGGGACUAGAAAGUAAGAUAAUUCAAGUUUCGGGGCUGUUUUAUAAUUUCUGGUUUGUUUGGGGUUACUAUGUCAGAGCUGUGGUGGAAGUGUGAAUCAGAUGCUGUAUCUAUUGCUCUGUCCAAGUGGUUGGUUGUUCCUGUACCUUUUACUUUAUAAUGGCAAUAUUUUUUAUGGGCAUUUUGGUCCUUUCAUCUUUAAUUGUGGUCUAAUGACUUGUUUGACCUUGAAUCUUGAUUAUCAUUUUUCUUAUUGUCAUCAUCGAGUAGGAGUUAUGUCCAAUCUCUUAAAUUGUAUCGUUUUAAUUUUAUCAGAUACUUUCGAUCAUUA